AACAUACAUCUAUCAAUAAUCUAAGGAAAAUAUAAUUAUUUUUUGUUUUUAGGGAAAAGAGAAAUAAAUAUUCCGAUUCCAAUUUAUACACGUAACAGUACUUAUCUUCGAAUUAAAAUAGGAAAAAAAAACUAAGGUAUAUCCUCUAUAUAUAUGAACACCCACACAUGGAAGCUCUGAAACAUCCCAAAGCAAAUCUAAAAAAAGCUUUCUCAAAUUCACGUAACCAAAUAACACCCUAAAAGCUCUGGAUUCUCUUCGAGAAUGGUGAAUACUUGUAGAAUCAGCUUCAUAAGCUCCAUGAUUCUCUUGCUCUUUAUCAAUCAGUCGGCUCUUUCUUCUUCUGUACGCAUCGGUCUACAAGAAGGUCGAGAUCUUGUUCACCAUCGGACACUUGAUGAGAUUGAAAGAGCGGACAAAGCACGUCUCAGUUUCUUGUUUAAAACGAUGGAGGAGGCCUAUGAUUCCAAAUUUGAUGAGGAUAUGCCGCUCCCCCCAUGGCCUUAUGUUAGGGUUAAAGGGGUCGAGAUAAUUGGACGCUCGUAUGCAAGGAAAGGCCAAGUCACUGAGUCAAUAAUAUAUCCGAGAGUUUGCCGUUUCUUCUUCUGCAAGUCUAGGCCUUUGAUUUGGUUGCUUUAGGGUUUGAUACUUCGAUGUAUCAUAUAAACCCUUUUUUUUACUGACUUUGUAUCAUGACAUUGUAAACUCUUCUUCAAUGUAAUAGAUGUUUUCUUUUGUAAACUCUUCUUCAAUUUAAUGUAAUUUCACCAAAACCGUUUCCUA